AUGAGCCAGAACGUCGAUGAGAAAGUCGUCCAUGACGAUGCCUCCGUGAUUAGGUCGGUCGACCGCUCGGAGCUGGACUCGUACCCAGAUAGCGUUUCGCCUGAGGGAGCCGAGCCCUCAGAAGAAGAAAUGAAGACCCUCAGAAGGGUUGCCAGAAGAGUGCCAUUGGCGUGUUGGUUGGUGGCCAUUGUGGAAUUGGCUGAACGGUUCUCCUACUAUGGAUUGUCAACGCCUUUCCAGAAUUACAUGCAAUAUACAAAGACAGACCACCCUAGAGGUGUAUUGGGCUUGAACCAGAGUGGAGCCACCGCCUUGUCGUACUUCUGGCAGUUUUGGUGUUAUGUGACCCCAAUUUUUGGCGCCUGGGUCGCCGAUACUUAUUUGGGCAAGUAUAACACCAUCUCCAUAUUCUGUGUGCUUUACAUAAUCGGGAUCUUAAUUUUGUUUGUCACGUCGCUCCCAUCCAUGUCUCAAAACACUUCAUUGGGAGGAUUUAUCACUGCUGUUAUCGUCAUAGGCAUUGGUACAGGCGGUGUAAAGUCGAAUGUUUCCCCCUUAAUUGCCGACCAGGUGCCCAAGGAAAAACCCUCUAUUAAAGUAUUGAAGUCAGGUGAGAGAGUCAUUGAAGACCCAAACCUUACUAUUCAAAAUGUCUUUAUGUUUUUCUACCUCAUGAUUAAUAUCGGUUCGCUUUCGGUGAUCGCAACCACAGAGUUAGAAAGCAGAUUCGACUUCUGGGCAGCCUACCUUUUGCCUCUCUGUUUCUUUGUCAUUGCCCUCUUGGCCCUUUUCCUCGGAAAGAACGUCUACCACAAAGUGCCUGUGGGAGAUAAGGUGAUUGCAAAAUCCUUCAAGUGCUCAUUCCUUGCCUUGACUAAGCUCAACUACGACGCUGCUAGACCCUCGCUCAACCCCGAUAAGGAGUUUCCUUGGACCGACAAAUUCGUGGACGAAGUCCAGAGAGCGUUGUACGCUUGUAAAGUGUUCUUGAUCUACCCUAUUUAUUGGUUAGUUUACGGACAAAUGACCAAUAAUUUCGUUUCGUCCGCAGGACAGAUGGAGCUCCACGGGUUGCCUAACGAUAUUUUGCAGGCCAUUGAUUCCAUCACGAUCAUCAUUUUCAUCCCUAUUUGUGAAAGUAUCGUUUAUCCAUUUAUUAGAAGGUUCACGCCCUUUAGAGCCAUCACCAAGAUCUUUUGGGGCUUCAUGUUUGGUGCUGCUGCUAUGGUUUACGCUGCUGUGUUGCAACACUUCAUUUACAAAGCAGGUCCUUGCUACGAUUCUCCAAACGACUGUCCCGGCUUCAAAAAUAUCCCAAACCAUAUUCACGUUGCCCUUCAGACUCCAGCUUAUUUCUUGAUUGCUAUUUCUGAGAUUUUGGCUUCCAUCACCGGCUUAGAAUAUGCUUACACCAAGGCUCCGGUGUCGAUGAAGUCCUUCAUUAUGUCCAUUUUCCUUGUUCAGAACGCAUUUGGUUCUGCUCUUGGUAUUGCGCUUUCUCCUGUCUCCAAGGACCCGAAGAUGGUCUGGACAUAUACAGGGUUAGCAGUGUCGUGCUUCAUUGCCGGGUGGGUUUUCUGGUUCUUGUUUAAGCACUACAACGACAGAGAGGACAAAUGGAACGACUUGGAUUACGAGCAGGACGAUGGAUACAACGGUGAGUUGGAACCCGUGGUUUCAUUGACGAGAUCCUUCAAGGACAUGAGCUAA